AUGCAAAGUGAGCAACGUCGAGACGUGACGCUGCCCUUAGAGUCAAAGCCAAAGGCAAGAGAACACAAUCAGGACGAGGGUGGAGCAGAGAAGAUGACGAUGACGAUGGAGAUGGAAGGAGAAGCAAGCGCAUUUUGCGGCACACGUCGCCACGUCAUGACCGUCAUCCUCGUCGGUUUGACCUUCCGUUUCGACGAGGAUCCGGAGAAUCUCACAGCGCUGCAAGUGUCCCCUUCUCACGACGAGGACAAUCUUCUUCAAGGCAUCAACAGCUACAGAACUUCCCAGAAUCUCCAGCAGCUCGCCAAGAACGACAAGGCCAACUGCUUUGCGGACGAGCUCGCCGACAAAAUCGACGACCAGCCCUGCAGCGCCACGUACGGUGCCAACACCCUCCCGGGCGUCGGCCUGCAGUCCUCGAGCUACCAGGACGCCCUGUCCAAGUGCAAGAUCCACCCCAACUACACGACAGAUGGCGUCAUACUCCCAGUGUGCGUGGCGAAGCUGGUUCCGACGCUAGUCCUCACCAACUACACCCACAGCCCGUACCAGAAGUAUUUGAAUGACUCGAGGUUCACAGGAGCUGGUGUUGGGUCGGAGGACGACUGGAUGGUGGUGGUGCUAACCACGAGCACACCGGGAGGGAGUUUUGCCGGUGGGGCCGCAGCCUUGCUUGGUGGGCUGAGUGGAUUUGGCAGGGGUGGUGUUACAGAUUUGAUGGGAAACGCUUCUGCUAGAAAUGCUUUCCCUGGUGGUGGAACCGGCGUUCGAAUCGUGGUUGCUGGGGACCGUGCACUGGGAAAUCGAGCUUGA